AUGUGUAACUACUUGCUACUUGCAACUACUUGCUUGUUGGGAAAGUUUCACUGUAACAAAACUGGAAAAAUAAGUUGAAUUUCAUCAUUGUUGUUUUGCUUUUGGUUUCAUGAAUUACUUUGUGAUGUUUGUCUUUUCCAGGACAUCCAUGAACUGUUCAAAGAUUAUGAAAUAAAGUACUGUUAUGUGGACAAAAAUAAAAGAACAGAUUAAAUUCAUUAUGGAAAACUCACAUUCUGAAGUGCUACAAGACAUAACCAGGAUUUACCAAAAGAAUAGUGGAUAAAAGCUUGGGUAAACAGCAUUUGUUACUCUGCAGAAUGGAGAGCAGGCUCAAAAUGCAAUUAGGAUGUUUCACCGAUACUCUCUUCGUGGAAAAGAAAUAUCAGUGCAGCUCCAGCCAACAGAUGCUUUAUUGUGCAUUACCAAUUUGCCUACUUCAUUUACGUUACAAGAGUUUGAGGAACUAGUGUGUGCAUAUGGCAAUAUAGAGAGAUGUUUUCUGGUCUAUAAUGAAGUUACUGGCCUUUCCAAGGGCUACGGGUUUGUGGAGUACAUGAAAAAGGACUCUGCUGCAAAGGCCAGAAUGGAACUUCUGGGGAAGAAAUUAUGUGAAAACACCCUCUUUGCACAGUGGACAGAUGUUAAUCAGUUGACUACUGAUCUUGUUCAUUCUAAGUGCCUUUGUGUAGAUAAAAUCCCUAAUGACUACACUGAUUCAGAAGAACUAAUGCAAAUGUUCUCAUUUAAAUAUAAACCUGUGUUCUGCCAGUUUGCUGAGGACGAAGGCAAUUAUAUUUGUGGCUUAGCAGUGAUUGAGUAUGAGACUGCAGAACAGGCUGAGGAAGUGCAAGAAGUCACAAAUGGCAUGACUGUCAGAGGAAAUAAAGUCCAGGUAUCGUACUGUGCUCCUGGAGCACCCGGGCGAAGCACAUUAGCUGCACUUAUUGCAGCUCAACGGAUGAUGAGAAACAAUAGAAAAGGAUUGCUUCCAGAACCAAACCCAGUGCAGAUCAUGAGGAGUUUAAAUAACCCAGCCAUGUUGCAAAUGUUACUGCAGCCACAAUUGCAUAGACGUACUCGAAAACAUGCAGUUUUUGGAGUAUCUGCUGGUUUACCUCCACUCAUAAAUACCAUAGUCAGUCCAGGAUUUUUGCAUUUGAAUAAAGUUCCCCAGAAUUCGGUUCUGGGCAAUACAUCUAAUUUACUGCUGCAGAAUCUCUCCCAUCUACAACUGGCACAGAAGCAACUAAUGAAAAUUGAAAAUGUUCAAACUAACAAUAAACCUGGUUUACUUGGAGAGCCUCUACCAAUGUUACUUCAGACGGUAUUGGGAACGGGGCCAGUACCAUCAUUGAGUGCAGACAUGGGGAACCAUGGAGAAGUUCAUACAUGUGUUCCCCCUGAAGUGUUGUGCGUGCACCCCGGGACUUCUCAACAGCUAGUCAAUAGAAGGAGAAGGAUAACCAAACAUCUGCCCUAUUCCCGGAUGAUGAAAAAAUUGAGCAGGAAUUCUCCAUUGGGAGCAGAUGGGCAAGUUCCACACAAUCAGUUUCAUAGAAUUGUAGCACCUAAUGUGACUCCAAAUCAAACAAUGGCAGCAACAGGGAUGGGCAUGUUGCCAGUCUUUCCAAAUCAACCCUUUGCUGGACAAGCUGUGCCAGGGCAAAAUAAUACUGAAGAUAAACAAUCAACAGAAGGAGCUGGCUCAGGGUCACAGGCUCAUCUUCAGAGCUUAACAAAUUUUACUGCCGGAGGCUUGCACACAGGACAUCCCCAACAGCCAAGUCAACCAAAAAGCACUGAUACAAGUGCAAGGAUUCCCUCAAAAAAACAGACCUCGCUCCUGGGGGAACCACCAAAAGAAAUCCGUCUUAGUACCAAUCCCUACUUGAAUUUGGCAAGCGUGUUACGUGGUGUGUGUCUUUCGGCAGUUGGCAGCAAAGCAGCUAGUACUCAGCAGCAGAUGGGGCUUUCAAGCAACAUGGCGGAUGCUGCAGUCUCUCAGGGAACAACGCAACAUGUAAUGGAAAACUAUUUUAAUUAUUCUCAACAGUAUGGGGAUUACACACCGGAGGCUGUCCAGCAGUGGCAUCAGCAUUAUGUACAAUCAUACAAUACUACUCAAGCAAGAGUAGGUGAAUGCGUAAAUGAAGCUUCUCAGGAACCUGUUAUAUCAUAUGCAGACUACAAUACUUAUUUGCCGGUUAUGCCUUCGUACUACACUGGAGCCCAGGGAUCGUAUCAGCCAGGCAGCUUUCAGCUUACUUCACAGAUUCCAAUAAACAAGCGUGAAAGACCCACUCAAACAGGAAAAUCUGUUACUCCCCCAAGUCAGUCAGCGAAACUAUGUGGUACCAGUAAAGAGUGAAAAGCGAAGUUCUUCACACUUCACUUCUUCCUUGGAAGCUGGCUCAGUUGAAUAUAUUGACCAGCACUCUCAGGGCACAGCAUCAAAUUAAGCAAAAUCCUAUCUAAAAAAAAUAAAGUGUUUAUUGGCCGGUUUUGUUAAUUGGAUCUCAGUAAAGCCAACAGGUGAUUUUUUUUUUUGUACCUCAGUGUUUAUUACUGCCUUAACUUCAUCUUUAUAUAGGGUGACAAAUUUCUAAAAGAAACAAUUCAGGCAAAAUUUUCCAAAUAAAUAUAGCAAUAAAGACAACUAGUUGGACAUUUUUGGCUAAUUUUUUGUUAAAUAAUACAGAGGUGUCUCCCUUAAUUAUAUUGUCUUAGUGUAAACUGUUGAAAUUGACAAUGUUUAUCUUAAGCUUGCAAAGAAGUUUCCUUUGGUGAUGUCAAAAGCAAUGAAAAUAGUGGCAAGGGGAACUUUUCACUUCUUCCUUAGAUGCGGAAGUUGAGAUUGAGUCUUAACUAUAGUUUAAAAAAAACUCCCUGCAUAUGCUUUUCAGUUGCAACUUUUUCAGCAUUGAGCCAGAUGCAUUUACAGCCUUUACAUUUUAAAAAUUAUUUCCCAAAAACACUGGAUACCAGAUGUAUUAACAGAGUAUUAACAAGUGUUUCAGUAAAUGGUUUGUUAUAUUGUGAACUUACCAGCAUCGAUCAAGAAUACAUUGGUGCUUGUUGGAACAAAAGUGUAAUCUUAGCUAUUGAUACUCUUUUUCAAGAGAUGGUGGUCAUUGUUAUAAACAGUUUUACUCUUUGUGAAUGAAUUUGUUUCUGCCCUAAUCUGCUUCUUUAAUCUGUGAAAAAUACUAGCUCUUGCUAAGCAUUGGAUUUGAACUAGGGUGAGUCUCCUAAGAAUCAAAAGCCACCCUCUACUUACUGACAAAAAUUCAAAGUGCAGCAACAGUAAAACUAACUAAAAUAAAUGCAACCAUUUUGUAAGUGGAGCAGUAUACAAUCAAAAAGAAGCUAUAAAUUAAACAGCCAAUUUUGUUUUCUCUAAUUUUUGGAUUGUUUAGGUAGAGGAGAAAAUGCUGCCUAGUACUAAAACACCUAUCCCAACUGGUUUUGUUAAUCCAUGCGGUCUCCAGGUGUCAAAUUUACUUUUACAAUUUGCUUCAGCCAUCCCCACAGCUCUUUUGAGACCCAAAGUUCUGAGUGUUCCCAA